GUUGGGAUGGGUAUGAGCUGGCUAUGCAGCAAAAGCGCGUGUGUGUAAGGGAUGCUGAAUGAAAGCUUUUGUGAACACCUCGCCUCUUCCCCGCGUUCUCAUCCUGUUCAGCGUCUCUUCUCUCCCCGAAUUCUCCAGUCCCUGAUACAAAUCAACGCGAUCUCAUCAUAGACGAGGCACUACAAGUGCUCAUCCUUACUCUAGAAACCUUCGCCACAUCAGUCGACCCCACGUUUUGAUUGCGGUUGGCUGCGAAGGUGAGCGAGGGGAAGGCGGUGCAGAUGAAUCGGUUGGGCGGCAGUGGCAUUGGCGGCGCCGAUGUGCCACCGCUGCAGCAUCAGCGGAGGGAGGAUGUGAUGGGCCUUGGCGAUCCCAUGCUAGUGGCGCUGCGCAACAAUUACCGCCAGAGGAUAAUGGAGCAUGCACGAUGGGAGGUAACUGCGAGAUUAUAUGAAGGAAAGAGGGUACCUGCUGACUGGCAGCGGGGGCUGCCGGAACUUGCUAGGCGGGUCGAGAAAGUCUUGUUUGAGAAACACCCAAACAAGUGGGAGUACUACAACAUGACGAAUGGACCAGUUGAGCCACAUUUCGAGUUUGCUGUGACCUCGCUUGCUCAGAUUCAGAGGCAGAGAGCAUCUUCCACUGCGUAUGCUCAUGGGGGCAUGAUACCGGCACCUGGUGUCACGCAAGGGGAUACCUCCAACGAGCUUGUGAACACACUACUAUCUCUGGGGAUAAACUCUAGCGAUGACCACUCAAAAGUGUCGAACAGCAACUUGGCAAUCCGUGCACCUGUUAAGAAGGAGGUCUCAGAGGAACCAAAGUUCAGCUGUCCAUUCUGCUUCGACGAGCUGGUCGAUGCGUCAUCAACUAUCUGCGGCCACAUCUUCUGCCACAAGUGCAUCAAGUUCUCCGUCCAGGCUCAGAACAGGUGCCCUGCCUGCUGGAGGGGACUCACCAUGAACAGCUUCCACCGCGUCUACCUCCCUGCUACCAUGGACUAAACUGAUCCAGCCCUUCUCGUCGCUGGCAUUUCAUCAUCCUAUCUGAACUAUUAUUCACAGGGUUAUCGUUACCAUUCAACUAUUGGUACUCGGGGGGCGUGUUACCGAUCUGCAUCCGCCGCUUGUAAUAAACCGUAGUCUCUUCCUGUGGGAAAUCAAAACCUGUGCUUGGCACCUUGAAAAUAUAUAUUCUGAUCGUUAAGGUAUAUUUGGUUGUUUG